ACAAACGAAUAUCGAAACAAAGAGAAAUAAAGUAGCGUACGUCACAAAUCUCAAAACUUAUUAGGAAAAUGUUCAAUAUUUUAUAUAAAUUUCUUGUAACAUAAGUGUAAGUACCUUUUUUCAACAAGUUAAGUAUUUGUACUGAUAACAAUUGUGUAUGUGUUGAAAUGUUGGAAAUUAAAGGCCACAGGAUACCAAGCUUCUAAUAUUUAUCAUUAACGAUGGAAUGCAUGGAAAAAAGUCAUCAAAUUAACGCAAUGAAAUCAAAAUGUGACAAUAAAAUUAAUAUUAAUGAAGAGAAAAAGUUGGUUGAUGCCAACUUGAGUAUAUUACGUAGUACAAAAAUGGAUACUACACCUUAUCAAGAUGACGUAGAAAAGAAAAUUGUACUUCUUAAGCAUUUAUUAGAAAAGGAUCCAAAAGCUGCAGAUUUAAAGUGGUCUCUCUUUAUAUCAGCAUGCAAUACAUAUCGUUAUGAUACUUGUUUACGACCAUUUCCACCUAUGUAUAUAAAAAAUGAAUGCAAGGAUAUAGAAGCUUUGAGAAAAACUGUAGAACUGAUACCUCCAUUGGCAGUAAUAUUUAGAGAACUUCAUGAGCCAAAUGUAUAUGCUAAUUAUGGACCAGCUAUAGACUUAUUACAUUGGGUGUUAAUAAGAUUGAGAGAUCCUUAUAUUAAAAGUAUAAGUAAAGAAAAUUAUGAUUCUGUAUUAAGGAAAGUACCUUCAGAAAUGCUAGUUGCUGCACCAAAUUUAAUAUUUCAAAUAGCAAGUGCAAAACAAUCAACUGCAGAAGAAAAGUGGAAAUAUAAUGGGCAAGGUUAUUCUACAUUAUAUGCAUAUCAUGGUAGUCGUUUAGAAAAUUUUCAUUCUAUUAUACACUAUGGUUUACAACAGAACAUGUGUAAGAACUCGCUCUUUGGAAAAGGAAUAUAUCUUUCAAGUGAAUUAGGAGUAAGUUUACCAUAUAGUCCAAUAGGCUAUGGAUGGGGAGGCAGUGUUCUUGGUAGUGAAUUGAGUUGUGUAGCUCUUUGUGAAUUUAUUAAUCACCCUACUAUAAAAAAACAUAAUUCAGCAAUUAAAAUACAAAAUACAUUAUCUGAAUCAGUUCCGGAUAAAUAUUAUUUAGUUACCAACAGUGAUUUAGUAAGGAUUCGUUAUCUUCUUGUUUAUAGUCAAGAAGUUCAUCCAACGAGGAAUAAUGAAAGCUCUGGAUUAUUGGACUGGUUUAGACAGCAUAAAUUAUUAACUUUCAUGCUUGGAUAUGUCAUAUUAUUAGCUUCAGUUGGAUUGACACAUAAUAAGCAAGUAGAGAAGUAUUAUAGAUUGUUUGUCCAAAAAACUGGACUUGACUAAAGCAAGAGAAAAACUUUAAUAAAAUUUAACAAUCUGAUAUAAUCUGCAUAAAUACACGUUGUUACUUAUAAAUAA